ACAGAAUGCUUUGCUAAGAACAGAAACAAAACAAAACAAAGGGAUAAAUAGGACAACGUUGCCUGAUUAGACAAGGGUAUAUUACUAGUGAUGUCUUUAUACGGGGUGUAUACAGUAAACUCAUAUCACAAUGCAUGAGACUUAGACACAGUGUGAAGAUGAAUCACGUGCUCACGAAGCGGUGCACGUCACGUGAUCAGCUGAUCUAAGCUUCCUCUCUCUGGAUGGCUGCAGGAUUUUCAAGCUCCUCUGGUUCAACGCUAGUAAAGCAGCCGCUUCUUUCUUUUAUACUUUAAUCCAAAAGCUUUCCUAGGCUGUAGAUUUAUCCGUAGACGUAGCUUUAGGUAGCAACACUGGCGCUUUUGCUUGAGUGGAUGAUGAACGGCCACGCAAUUCUCUACACCGGGGUCACUUUGGCCUUCUGGAGCACCAUCCUCAUCGUCGGAAUCUGCUAUACAAUCUUUGACCUUGGAUUCAGGUUUGAUGUGGCAUGGUUUUUAACUGAGACGUCCCCGUAUAUGUGGGCCAACCUCGGAAUUGGCCUGGCUAUCUCACUGUCUGUGGUUGGAGCAGCUUGGGGAAUUUAUAUCACUGGCUCCAGCAUCAUUGGAGGAGGUGUCAAGGCCCCGAGAAUUAAGACCAAAAACCUUGUCAGUAUAAUCUUUUGUGAAGCUGUUGCCAUUUAUGGGAUCAUCAUGGCAAUCGUCAUAAGUAACAUGGCAGAGCCUUUCAGUGGCACAACUCCAGAGGCAAUUGGAUCAAGAAACUACCAUGCAGGCUACUCCAUGUUCGGAGCAGGUCUCACUGUUGGCUUUUCCAAUCUCUUUUGCGGCAUCUGCGUGGGCAUCGUGGGCAGUGGGGCUGCUUUGGCUGAUGCCCAGAACGCCAGCCUCUUUGUUAAGAUUCUCAUUGUGGAAAUCUUUGGCAGUGCCAUUGGGCUGUUUGGCGUCAUUGUAGCCAUCUUGCAGACAUCAAAAGUAAAAAUGGGAGACUAGAGAAACCGAUCUGUCUGCAAGACAAACAACAAAGAAGUCCGACGCUGUGUUGGAUACGCAGCCCGACUAUGUAAAUACAUAGUAAAUUAUUUAAAUGUAAUUUCUUUCUGUUUCUUUCACCCCGUGUCUGUUUUUAACCAUUGUUUACCGGAGAGUAAAACAUUCGCACCAAUUCGUCUUAAAGAAAUGCAUGUUUAAGUCGAACGCAGGUCUUUAAGACAUGUCUCACACCAAUGAACCUCAGAAGAAGAAGAAAUCUCUUCAGCAGGUGUGAUGUCGGCCCUAUCGUUGAAGUAUAAGAUAUACGAGAGUUGUAUCCAAUCCUUGAGGUUAUUUUAUUUGAAACGUAUGAAUACAUGUGUAAAAAAAAUAUAUAUAUAUAUAGUUAGAAGAUUCUGUAGAGUUGAAACCCAUCAUGCGAAGACUGGACUGUAGUCACUCCUUCGGACGUCUGAACUCCAUGAAAGAUUCCGCGGUACUUUGGUGCAAGUUUUCAACUUUUCUAGGGCUGUGUAGCUUGCUGUGAUUUGCUGUUCUGUAAAACACAAAAAAAAGUGAAAUAAUGAUAUUUGUAUGCAGUAUGGCUGUCUGAAGUGUUGUUAUUCCAUGGUAUGGAGAUGCCUUUGUCAGAUCUAUUGUAAAUUCUCUAACCAGGACAAUUCUGGAUACUGAGUAUUGUUCAUUCUUGUGUGUGUGCCGUGUUUGUUCAUCUGCAAUGCCAUUUAUAGACGAGGAGACACCUAACCUAUCGUUAUUCCCAGUUUAUUUGAUAUUAAUAGUGUUUGUAGUUGCAUUUGCACCGGGACACACUUCAGUUCUGAUGAAUGACAUUAUGUAUAAAUCAAAUGUUUAUAAGAGUAUCUUAAAAAUUAUGUGCAUUCUGAACAUUCCAUAUUUCUCCUACUGUGUGUGACACCCCCCACCCCCCCGUAAUGUAUGUGUCGUCCCGGGACAUGCGAUAUAAAGCACUUAGUUGAAUUCUAGCUUCUAAGGAAUGACUUAAACAGUUCAAUAAAGUCACUGCUCCGAGACACACAAUUUUUAUCUUUAGUAAAAUUCGCACUGGAAGCCGCAGUCUUUUACAAAAACAUCACAGAUGCUUUAUUAUUUAAUGUAUACACAUUUAUUUUUAAGCAUUCCAGUAAUUUAACUUGACAGUACUCAGAGUUCAGUGAAGGUAAACAAGGCCCUAUUAGCAACUUGCUAAUGCGGCUUGGCCACAUUGUAAUUCUUGAUUCUGACUCCACCGCACAUCCAGUGAUUGUGUUUAUGUUCCUGUGGUGACUCAUUGUUUCGAAAUGUAAAAGUGGAUGCUGUUGACGUUCAUAAAUGGUCCUCGAACAAAUAAAUUCAUCAAACCUG